UUCAGGCCUCAUUCAAACGUCACUCUGACUAUAAGAGCCACGCGUUGGUGCACACGGAAGAGCGUCCCCAUCGCUGCGACCUAUGCGGGAAACAUUUCAAGCGAGCGUCCAACCUAGCCGAGCAUCGCCGCAUCCACUCGGGCGAGCGGCCCCACCAGUGCAUGGCCUGCACCAAACGUUUCAGGACGCCCUACGAGUUGCAGCGGCACAUGCUCACGCACUGUUCCGAGCGGCCGUUCGCCUGCGCGGCCUGCGGGAAAGGUUUCGCGGCGGCGGGGGCCCUCCUCUUGCACCAGCGGCAGCACUGCGACGACAAGCCACACGUCUGCGGCGUGUGCGGCAAGCGUUUCGGUUACGGACACAGCCUGCGGGUCCACGAGCGGGUGCACACGGGCGACCGGCCCUUUUCGUGCGCCCUGUGCGGCAAGGCUUUCAAGCAGUCCAACGCCUUGGCCUCGCACGAGCGCGUGCACACCGGGGAGCGGCCCUUCGCCUGUCCGACUUGCGGCAAAGCGUUCAAGCAGUCGUCCUAUUUGGCUAUCCACGCGCGCUCGCACACCGGCGAGCGCCCCUACUCCUGCAGAGUCUGCGGCAAGGCCUUUGCGCGGCCCUCGCUCCUCUUGCAGCACCAGCGGGUCCACAGUACUGAGCGGCCCCACCGGUGCCAGCACUGUGGGAAGCUUUUCAAAGACCUGGCCUACCUGGCAGUGCAUGAGAAGGUACACACAGGGGAGACCCCUUACAAGUGUCCGGUCUGUCAGAAGGGCUUUGCACAUCCCUCAAACCUGUUGCAGCACCAGCGGAUACAUCGGGACGGAUAGCAUGAGUGACCAGGGCGCCAAUCCCUUGAUAUUAACAGAGCUGUGAUUUUCACCUGCUCCAGUGAGUGUGCUGUGAUGGGUGAAAAGUGCCACUUGCAUGCUCUUUGCACACCCACCAGUGCUUGGUCGCCCUUCGUUGCGUGUGCAUUGCAUAACAAGUGCACCAAAGUGUGUCCACCUCUUUUGUUUAAUUCCCACACUAGCCUGUGCUCUGUAAUAAACAGUUGCUUGAAGGGACACGAGCGACAGAGCUCUGUACAUUUUGCACAUCUUGUUCACUACAGAACUUAUUACACAGAACUUAUUUUUCAGGAUUUGUUGUUCUAUUUUUUUUUUAACCCGUUCCAAGUUUCUAGCCCUUAUGGUUGCAGGGACCGUGAAAACGACGCCCAGUGAAAUGUCAUAAAUAUGGAGUUGAAUAACAGCAGGAGCUUCAGCAUUCUGCGUAACUUUGUCCUUGCUAAAUAAGCAAAUGUAUGCAAAUUGGCUUAGUUGCAUUUGCUCAUUUUUCUUUAGUUUAACUGCCAUUGUUUCAACAUUGUCCUCUUGUAUUUUACUGCUGCUGUUGUCAAACCUGGAAGAAAAGCAGUUUGAGGGUCCUUUUUGUAGGGGUAUGGCAAGAGAUCUAUAGCGCCCAUCUGGAACAGAAUUAUACCCUUUGAAGUCCAUUGUUGCCACUCCGCUGAGAAGGAGUGGUGAUGGCCACAGGAGGUGGUGAUGGCCACCAACCUGGAUAGCUUUAAAAAGGGCUUGGACGGAUUUAUGGAGGAGA